CGCAGCGAUCGUAACGGGGCCGCAGUGGAGCAGGAGCUAGAGCUGAGCAGGGACAGGAGGAGCGUAGCUUGGCUCGGCGGGCGUGCAGCGGCGGCGCGACGGAUUUGUCACCCCCGCCAAGGAGAGCGAGGGGCCGCUUGCGAGCCCGGAUCCUGGGCAGGGGAGGACAGGGUGAAAAACUAAACGCCAAACAACUCCCAGUGUCUGUGCCCGUCUGAUUUCUUUUUUUUUUUCUUUAAUUAUUUCGAAAAACAAAAUACUGUUUUUUUGGCAAUUUCUGCCUCUUGCGGAGUUGUUUUCCGCACACCCCUGACAAACAAAGGAAAAGGGGGAGGGGGACCGCGUUUCGCAGAAGACAUGCGUUCAGUCAGGAAGAGGUGGACUGUGUGCACGAUAAGUCUCCUCCUUAUCUUUUAUAAGACGAAAGAAAUAUCGCGGACCGAGGAGCGCCAGGAGGCACCGCUCGCCGGAGAUGGUGAACUGAGUUUGAGUAGAUCAAUGAUCAAUAGCUCUGAUAAGAUAGUUCGAAAGGGUGGCUCCUCAAUCUUCCAGCAUGCUGUAGAAGGUUGGAAAAUCAAUUCUUCUUUGGUGCUGGAAAUAAGAAAGAACAUUCUUCUAUUCUUGGAUGCUGAAAGAGAUGUUUCAGUGGUCAAAAGCAGCUUCAAGCCAGGAGAUGUAAUCCAUUAUGUACUGGACAGACGUCGCACCCUAAAUAUUUCUCAGGAUUUGCACAGCCUUCUCCCUGAAGUUUCCCCAAUGAAGAAUCGCCGAUUUAAAACCUGUGCAGUUGUUGGGAAUUCUGGCAUCCUUCUGGAGAGUGGGUGUGGAAAAGAGAUUGAUAGCCAUGACUUUGUAAUAAGGUGCAAUCUAGCUCCUGUGGUGGAGUUUGCUGCCGAUGUGGGAACUAAAUCUGAUUUUAUUACCAUGAAUCCAUCAGUUGUACAAAGAGCAUUUGGAGGCUUUCGGAAUGAGAGUGACAGAGAAAAAUUUGUGCAUAGACUAUCCAUGCUGAAUGACAGUGUCCUUUGGAUCCCUGCUUUCAUGGUCAAAGGUGGAGAGAAGCAUGUGGAGUGGGUUAAUGCAUUAAUCCUUAAGAAUAAAUUGAAAGUGCGAACCGCGUAUCCAUCACUGAGACUUAUUCAUGCUGUCAGAGGCUAUUGGCUGACAAACAAGGUCCACAUUAAACGACCCAGCACUGGCCUCCUCAUGUAUACGCUUGCCACCAGAUUUUGUGAUGAAAUUCACCUGUAUGGAUUUUGGCCAUUCCCAAAGGAUUUACAUGGAAAACCAGUCAAGUAUCAUUAUUAUGAUGAUCUGAAGUAUCGGUACUUUUCUAAUGCCAGUCCUCAUAGGAUGCCAUUAGAGUUUAAAACGUUGUAUGUAUUACAUAACAGAGGAGCACUUAAAUUAACAACAGGGAAAUGCGUACAGCAAUAAAGUACAUGUAAAAUACAAUAAGAAGUACAGAAUACACACUUCAUCAUAAUGAUGUUGUGGAAUGGCAAUGGGAUCCCAGUGAGGAUAUGUUUCAAUACCCACUAAGCCAUCGGAAAAAGGAAUUUUAUCAGAAGUACAUAACCAGCUAUUAUGCCUGUAAAGUGCUAUAUAACUUAAGCUAUCCUGACUGUAAGGGUUCAAGUAAGUGCCACUUUCACUAAGAAAAAAGCUUGAAUGUAUACUCAGUAGUGUUUACAGGAACCAGUGACACAUUCAUCAUGAAUUAAAGAAGAAAAAUAUAGUCUGCUUACUGCUGACUUGCCAUUGUGGUCAGACAGCCUACAGAAGAAAUCCCCAGUGGGUGGAAUAUUCACUUGAGCAAAUAAACCAGGCUUUGGCAGAAAAUAUCAUGAUGGAAUUGAGUAGAGAAAGUGAAAUCCAUAAGAUCAAACAAAUCAGUAAAUGCCUUCAUUCAGAGGACUGUUUCUGAUCUUGUAUUAUAACCUCAGCUUUUGUUUUGUUGCUUUUUUCCUUAUUGUUGUUGGUUGGGUUUUGUUGCUUUUUAGUAUUGGAACCCUUAAAGGGUUUUGAGGAUGUUAUGAAUAAUUAAAAGUAUCUUACAGAAUUGUCUUAGGAAAAAAAAAAUUCAUAAGGGUGGGAGGGUGGCGGGAAACAUCAAAUAUUUUAUCAAUUGUUAAUGUGUUGAAUCCUGCUGUCACACAACCCUUAAUAUUCCAAUUGUUUUUCUAGCUACUGCUGUCAAUACCCACUACAUGGAAUCACUCAGAGGUCAUUUUGAUCUAUUGUCAAAGAGAAGUUUUUCUGUUGUGUUUAAAGAUGUAAAAGAAGGUGCCCUUAUUUUUGGUACCAAAGAUUACUCUUAUACAUCAGUCUUUCCUUGAAGAAAUGCUGUAGAUUUAGCAUGUUUCUUUGCUGCUGAAGGGAGUAUAUUCUUUAUGCUAUUUAAAUUUUUGAAUUAAGCAUCUCAAAGCAAAGCCUCUUUACAUACUUUGCAUAUAGAAUUUCAUUCUUCAGAAAGAUCUGCAGGAGUAAAGAAAUUAUUUCAUACAUAUAUAUACAAUUUUUAUUCCUGAUUAAAAGUAAAGCACAAAAUCUAAAGGAACUCAGGUGACAUUGGAACAUGUCUAAAGAAAAAAAAAAACCUAGACAAUUAAAUGGAAAAUAAAAGAACUUUAGAUCAAACAGUUCUUUAAAACUUAACUUUCUAAUCGUGUUGGAUGAUAUCUCUAAUAUACCUCUUUUGUAUCAGCACGAUGUUCUGAUUUGUAAAUGACUGAAAUAACAGAGCUGCAUUAUCUCACAGUGAUUUUUCUGAACAUCAGCCUUGUUUAUCGAUGAAAACAAGAAUUCUUUCACUCCCUUCUUUCAAAAAAGAGAAAUUACAGAGGGUAGGACAGGGUGGAGUGUCAGUACAGCAUAUACUAAGAUACAAAACCUGUCUGCAUAUACGUUUUAGUGCUAAUGGAGCAGGUAAAGUAAGAACACCAUGGUUCCACCAUUUUCAUGUCAGGCUAAGCUAAAGAGGAGGCAUGCAGAUACAAUGUAUGGGUAUUUUCUUGUUAUGUUUUCAGUUCUACGUUAGGUCCUCAUCUCCAAAUGUGACAGUUGGUGAAUCUAUUGAAUUUUGAACUAGCUCAAGCAAUUUCAUAUGUAGCACAACACUCACAAACAUUUACUAGCUAAAAGUGCCAUUUACUACCCAUUUUUCCUCUUAAGUUCACAUGUAUUUCAUCCUGCAUGACUAGAGGUCUGUGAUUAUGCAAAUUUAGUAGCUAAAUCACUGCCUUGCAGACAGUUUUGCCAAAAGUUGAUGGGAAAUAGAAAGCCAUUCUGCUAUAUCUAAGAUGUAGCAGCAUCUUUCCUUAUUCACCAUUCUCUCCUACCCAGGACUGUUUACUUUGGGUAUCUGCUAAGCUGUGGAAUGUGGUCAUAACUCUAUCACCACUGAAACCAAGGCAUCACAAGGAACUAAACAGCCAUACAGACUGGAACGUGUUUAAUUUGUUGUUGAUAAACCAGAGGGUAUUAUUUGUACACUGUGUAAACUUGCAGUUUAAGACAAGGCUAUUUCCUUGAUGAAAGGUGGGCGUGUUCCUGUUCUUUCUGUUAGGGUUUUGCUGCUGUUGAUCUUUUAAAAUGUAUUUCAUACACAUGGACAGAAUUUCUGUUGAGAUAAAGAAAUUCCAUGUGCCAGUCUCACAGAAACUCACGAGAAGCAUCUGUUUAGCUUUAUCUUUUCUUCUGGGAAUGUCUUUUCUUCUCUUUAGUGUCAGUCCAUCAACAAAAAAGGAAUUCAAGUAGACUAAAAUAUUAACUGUCAGAUGAUAUUUUUCACCUCAGGGACAGUUUUAAUGCACCAAUGCAUUUAAUGCAAAGUAGAUGAUGACACUCUUAAUUCCUAUGGUCAUUAAAAAAAAAAAUUACUUGUGUAAUUCAAAACAAUGAGAUAAAUAGGAAGACAGCUGAGAAAGUUUUUCUUUAAAAGUCAGCAGAUGAAGAAAAAUUUGGCAUAAGCCUGUUUUGCAACCCUCCUAUUUGAUUCUCUGUGAGUGAAGUUAACUUAAGUACACAAACCAUGGAGUCCAGAUUUUUACCUGAUCACUAAAUCUGAUAGAACAAGGUGAUACAGGGCAAGGUUUCUCCAACUUGGUUGGCACAAGAUGUGACAGUAGCACCUACUUGCAAGAUAACAGAGUUUGCCCUUUUCAAAGCUGAACCUUAACCUCAUCUCCUGCAGGCUUUCCACCUUCAAUACUGCACUCUACUGGCACCAUGAGCCAUGGUCUCAUGGCUCUCUACUGUCAUCCACACUCAUUCUUCUCAUAGCACCCUCCCCUCAAACUGGCACCCAGGUGUGUCUCCCUAACAAAAGCAUAGGACUCCUCACUAACCUGCGUCAGCUUUUAUCCUGAGCUGAAGUGUAAUGUAGCAAGUGGCAUGUUUCAAACCAUCCUCUGAGGCAAACAGCAGUUGUAGUCUUUGACCAUGCAGAUUUUCACAAGCACUAGGAGUCAUUUUACUCUACUGCUCUUGUAUAAGAUCAGUGUCCAUGUAGAGCCCAAAGCUUCUGGGGCUCCCGGAUGUGCAGUUUGUUGUGCUGCAAAUUGUCUGUUUUGAGGGGGUUUGUGACCACGUUACUGGUUACUCUAAGGUGACAUGAGGUGGGAUAUGCCCAGAGCUUUUCCUCUUCGGUUAAAUGGCCUCGGUUGUUAGCCGUCCCACUGCUGGGAAGAUGUAGCAGUGGACUCAUGGCAGAGACCCUUUUCUUACCUUUCCUUUAUACCUCCAUGCUCUGUAUUGCCCUGGGCCUCUUCGUGCAUUUCUAUUGAGGCACCCCAGGUUUUGAAAGAAAAGAACCAGAUUGCUUCCACUGUGUCACUCUUUAUCCCUAUAGGUGACCUGGAGCAUAGCCCCAAAGGCUUAGCUGCUGUAUACAUACUUUACAGUGGAAUAAAUUUCACUUUGUGGUCCUUCAUUGUGCAGUAGUCAACAGCUCAAGCCUCCAUAGUUGCCUUGGAUGAUUUGUUUAUAUACAUUCACACCUCCUGUGCUGCUUACAGCACAGAUCAGAUAAACAGCCUUUAUUAUAAUUACCACUCUUAUCAUCCAACACUAUCAACAACUAAUACAAAGUAGAUAGAUAAGAUAAAAUGAAGAAGGAUCCCUAAUAUUGUAAUGAUAUUUGCCCUGAUGAGGAACAACUAAGAAAUGCACAUCAGUUGAGUGUUCCUCAAAUUUAUUCUCACAUCAGUCGUAUCAAUUGCCAGCUAUGGUUCCUAAGAGUGUUAAAAAUAAGAACUGGGAGCUACGUCAAGACAGCAGACAGAGUAGAUUUUUCCAAAUCUAAUGACAGCUUUACAUUGCACAACCUGAUUUCAUUCAGAUAAAUUUAUUGUAAAUUGUUUAUUAACAAACAAGUUAAUGUUUCUGUGGCAGUCUUUCAUAAAAAUAAUAGAUAAAUAUAUUUGAUUGUUAAGUUUUCAGCUUUGGGACAGUUCUGUCUCCCACAGCCACUCUCCAGAUAUAAGAUCUUUCUCUAAUUGACUGCAAUUUGAAGAUAAACAAGUGUGAGUUCAGUACCUUUUUUUUAGUGCUGAGCACUCUUUACAGUGACUUUCCUGGGAGAGACGUGUCCAGGAUCGAGAUGGGGAUCUAGAUUAGCAUAUUUCAGGAUAUAACUCUGAAAUUGCACAUUAUUUAUUUAUAAGAGCACUGCUACUUUCUGUAGGGAAAAGCACAAUUGUUCUAAAUAUAGAUAAAACAAAGGAAGAGCGUUUACAGAGAGCUUCAUUCCUGCACAGUACUAUUGCUACUGAGCAUAUGUAAUACAAUUUCUGUGGUUUAAAGUAUUGAUAUGUAUUCUGUCAGGAUUGUCAUGCUUGACACUGUUAAUAUUAUUUCAAGUACAGGUAUGGGGAUUGUUUUUUAUUUGUAUAACUGUAAAAUAAAGACCUUUUUUCAUUU